AUGAUCGUUGAAGUCAGCAAGUCAGUUGCCAUUCUAACAAUUCAACGUAUCACCAAACUGUUAAGGACAGAAGAGGCUACUAGCACACUCGAUGUGAAAUCUCUCCCACCUAUUCUUGAGACGGACGAUCCACAGAAGAGGAAGCUUGACAAGUUUUAUCGUGCACCAACACCAGAGAUGAUUGCAUACUUGGAUUUCAGUGUUUCAACCACCGGUGUGCUCUCAGGAGUCAAAGUACUUACUGUAUGUCUCAUCCAGCUUGUGACCUAUCACGGCGACUCAGACGAGGAGGACGCGAACUCGAAGACAAAAAUCAGUGACGACAGCAAACUGGAAAAUUCUGAAGUCGCAUCGGCCAGCACGAGUCCGAUUCUCUCGUCCGGUUGUCUCAUGCAGUUCCAACGCAGUUCGAGCAUGUCAACGUCAUUGCUGAGGAAUGUGCUCGUAAGGAACCGGAUACAGGUGGCUCCCGUUGUGUCAUUGGUCUCUUACACGCGGGAGGGCGAUGACUCAGACAGUGAGAGUGAAGGUGAAAUAGCGGGAAAAGUGUUCAACGACCAUCCCACAAGUCACAUUCUCUAUCCACUUCAAGAUGACAUUGAAGGUACAUCCCCGUUCAGUAGUGACUCUCCCCUCCCCCCAGGGGCACCAACCACCAACCACCUGACAAAAUCCCACCGUCCACCUCGCGUCAACCUACCACCGGCUCCUUCCAGACAAUGUAAACCCGAGUUACAAUCCAAGAUAACUAAUUUAUUGAAAAAGCAAAGACAGAGAAACAUACGACUGAACGAGAGCGUACAGAAACGGAAAGACUUCCACAAUCCAAGUUUUUAUGAAAAACUCGUCAGUCAGGCUGUCGAGGUCGUUUGUCUGUCUGUAAGUUUGUGUGUCCGUCUGUCUGAACAUAUGCCUGAUGAUCACUACGUGGAUGGUGUGCAAACAUCUCUAUAUUCUAUACAAUAUAGAUUGGCUUUUGUGGUCUGUUGAACAGCCUUAGUUUGGACUGUAUAGAAAAAUUGUAUCCAAGUUAAGAUCCUCUUACAUUAGAUCUGCAAGACAAUCUCUUAAA